AUGGUUGAAGAGCAAGAAGUUUCAAAUUCUGUUCUAAGGGCAACUGAUGCGAAGUUAAAAACUGAUAAUUGGCAAUACCUUCUAGAUGUUUGCGAUUUAGUAAGGGAUGAUCCAGAGGAAGCAUGUCGGUAUGUCAUGAAUACGGUUGAGGCUCGUUUGAAACAGCAUGAUGCCAAUGUGAUUCUUAGGACGAUGUCGCUUGUGUCAUGUUUGGCGGAAAACUGCGGGUCUCGAUUACAGCAAGCCAUAGCCUCUAAACAUUUUACGGGGGUACUCUAUGGUCUUGUUGAGGGAAAGCAGGUUCACCUUGCGGUUAAGAGAGAGGUUUCUAAGGUUGUGAAGCAGUUAGCGAAUUCGUUUAAAGGUGAUCCAUCUUUGAAGUCUAUGAUGGAUUUGCAUUUAAAGAUUGUUAGGAAGUACCCCCAUUUAUCUAGUGAACCUGAAGUCCCUCAAAAAAGGGAAAUGAGCCAAGAUUCAAAGCUGAAGGAGGAACGAGAUCUAGAGGAGGCUUUGAGACUAUCACUUAUGGAACAGCAGCAGCAGCAACAGCAGCAGCAGCAGCAGCAAGCAAGAUAUAGUCAGACGGUUACGUCGGGUAUGCAACCAAUGCAGCCGGACGUUACUCACCAGGAUGGUUUGCACCCGGGACAGGAACAGAGACAUACGUCCCAAUUAUUUCAAGUCAAGAAGGUACGAGCCAUGUACAGCUUAAAUGCUAGUGAAUCUGAUGAACUAUCAUUUGUUAAAGGUGAUGUGAUUACCGUAAUCGAACAGGUGUAUAAAGAUUGGUGGAGGGGUACACUGCGUGGGAAGGUUGGUAUUUUCCCCCUAAACUAUGUCACUCCAUGUCCUGAGCCAACUCCAGAGGAGCUAGCCAGAGAAUUGGAACAAGAACGGGAAAUCUUUGAGCAGAAUGGAAAUGUAGACAAAUUACUUCAAACGUUAAAAACGUCCAAUGAUGUGGAUGUUUCACAAAGUCAGCAGAUUGGCGACCUUUAUGCUACUGUCACUCCAUUGAGACCCCAAAUAACAAAGAUGAUAGGUAAAUAUGCUCAAAAGAAAGAGGAAUUGACUUCAUUAAGGGAGGUACUUGCAAAUGCAGAAGCUACCUAUAACCAAAUGUUGGAUCGUGCUGCAAACACUUAUUCAUCGACAAUCCCAAUGUCUCCCAAUCAAUCACAGUUCUACGACAGAAUGCAGUAUCAACCUACAUAUUACCCUUCAUCUGCUUAUGCACAUCCAAGACCUGUGAUAAACCCGCAGGAUGUAAAUGGUCCUUCUCAAAAUAUACGACCUGGAAUUCAAAACCAGCCUCGGCAGAUGUAUAUGGAUAGUAGUAACUACACAGUUCAGUACCCAAAUGAACCAUCAAACUAUUAG